AGGAAGCCACAGAGAUAGACGGAGAGAUAGAGAUUAAAGAAGAGCUAGCGACCAAGGAAAGCGAAGCGAGCGAGCAAAGCGGCGAGCAACGAAAAGAAGAGAAGCGAGCGAGGGCGACGGAGGAGAUAAGAUAAGAAUGUUUACAAAACCAACAACAAGCAGGAUCCGAUCCAUGUCAUGUCACAGAUACCCACACUCACACACUCCACGCCACGCGCUGUGCAUGUCUUCCUCCUCCGUUCCCUGCUGGGAUCAUUGAUCGCCACCACCUGCGUCUGCGUUGCAUUCGCAUCCUUCCUUCGUCAUCAUGCUGCUCUCCCUCUGCUUUUCUGCGCCACCGGCUUCUUCAUCAUAUAGCCCGGCCGGAGCUCCUCAGCGCUGGUAGUGCCUCUGCUUUGGCAUCGGCAGAGAGCGACAGGCGACGCCAUUGCCAGCGCCUGUGUUCAUCCUUUCUCGAGAGAGCGAGAGCAUUUGUGGUUUUGGAUUUGAGGCGGUGGACUGCCGGGAUCGGAGAAGAAGCGAAGCCAGAGGGGAGCGCGCGCUCUCUAUAUGGGAGCAAGGCCGGACAGGUCGUCGGGGGAUUUGGAGUGCUGCGGCAGGCUGCUACGGCUGCUAGCGUUCGUCUUCUUCUUGGUCUGCGCUUGCCUCGUGAUGGCCAUGGUGGCGACGGACGGCGGAGCGAGCUUAGUAGGGUCGUCGUCGAACGCCGCGACGUCUGUGGCCGCCGCCAUGGCGACGGGCGGCUCGCCGGCGUGGCGUUCUGGCGGACGCGGUGGCAUGGCAGGCGCAGACGCGUUCCGGAGCAGCGAGAGGAGGAUCCCCAAGGGCCCGGACCCUAUUCACAACAGGCGUGCCGGCAAGACGACGAUCGCGCCGCGCCGGAGAGACUAGCCGGAGGCCGGCGGCCGACCACCACCGGAAGGUUCCGUCGGUGCUCAUCGUCCUGCAGCGAGCAUUUGUUGGUGAUUUGGAUGGGAAUGAGCUGGUACCUGACAUGCAGUUCGUUAGCGUUGCUGAAGAUGAGAUUUGUGCAAAGAGAGGUUAAUUACGCAGCACACUCCUUCGUUGGGGAUUUUUGGUGAUUCUAGGGGUAUGUAUAAAUGUGCAAUCUGCCCUUGCAAGAUUAAUUUUCUGCUUUUCUUCUUUCAUUUCACCGAGGUGGUGAGUGAGGUUGAUCGAUAUUUACUUUGCAUAUUCUUCCCGAGAUUUAAUUUUUGAUUUGAAUC